AGGCUGGGGGUGGGGGUGGGGGGGCGCUAAAUAUUUCUGCGAGGCUCCUGCACCGCUGGUGAUGCGGCGGCGGGACCCGCGGGCGGGUGCUUCGCCGGGCUCUGUGCCUGAGAGUUGGUGGUAAGCGAUCCCUGCCCCCGCGAGCCUGGACCCAGACUUUUCCAGCAAGGAAUUCAAGGCAAGAACACCGGGCGCUGCAGCCUGGGCCAGGGAGGGACUGAAAUCAGCUGGGGAGGCGUUUUCCCCUUGGGCUAUCACCCCAAAGGGCCCGGGAGCAGAGCUGGAGAGGUGGCUACCGUGAGUUGCGCGGGUCGUUGAGGCAUUUGUUUUCCGUACCGUUUAUCUAGCAGACGACGAGGCGAUUUAUGCAACAGUAUCCUGUUUCUGCACUGCCAAGGCUAUGCGAGAACGCAGUCAGGACAGCUUGGCAGGACUCGUGCUGUAUGUAGGACUCUUCGGGCACCCCGGAAUGCUGCACAGGGCCAAGUACAGCCGCUUUCGGAAUGAGUCCAUCACAUCCUUGGACGAAGGCAGCCCCGGAGGCUCCGUCGGGAACAAGAGCUCGCAGCAGCCUCCGUACCCCGUCCUGGCUCCUCACUUGCCGGCUGAAGAUGCCACCUUGGCGUCCCAGGAGAGCCCCACCCCACUGUGCACCUUGAUCCCGCGCAUGGCCAGCAUGAAGCUAGCCAACCCAGCCACCUUGCUGAGUCUGAAAAACUUUUGCUUGGGUACCAAAGAGGUGCCCCGGCUGAAGCUCCAGGAAAGCCAGGACCCAGGUCCCAGCAACCCGGCUUCCCCUGAAACCAGCCUAAACAGGGCCGGGUUGGCACCUCAGCCGCAGCAGGACGUGGUGAGGCACCGGGCCACCACCUUAGCUCCUGAUGCCUGCCCUCUCCCCGGCCCUGGGGAGCCAACUCCGGGGAGCAGGCAGGACAGGCAGUUUCUGCAGCACCUGUUGGGGAUAGGCAUGAGCUACUAUGUGAGGUACAUGGGCUGUAUUGAAGUGCUACAAUCAAUGAGGUCCCUGGAUUUUGGAAUGAGAACCCAAGUUACAAGGGAAGCAAUAAGUCGCCUGUGUGAAGCUGUCCCUGGGGCAAACGGAGCCAUUAAAAAGCGUAAGCCUCCAGUUAAGUUCCUAUCAUCCGUUCUUGGCAAAAGUAAUCUUCAGUUUUCGGGAAUGAAUAUAAAACUGACCAUCUCAACAUGCAGCCUCACACUGAUGAAUCUUGACAACCAACAGAUUAUUGCAAAUCAUCAUAUGCAGUCUAUUUCAUUUGCCUCUGGAGGGGAUCCUGAUACUACAGACUAUGUUGCCUACGUAGCUAAAGAUCCAGUUAAUCAAAGAGCCUGCCACAUAUUGGAAUGCCGCAAUGGAAUGGCCCAAGACGUCAUAAGUACCAUUGGGCAGGCUUUUGAGCUCCGGUUUAAACAGUAUUUGAAAAAUCCUUCUUUGAAUACUUCUUGUGAAAGUGAGGUGCACACUGAUGGCGCUGCCGAGGAGAGAGGAGAUCACGAGUAUUACAACGAAAUACCGGGGAAGCAGCCACCCUUAGGUGGUGUUUCAGAUGUGCGGAUCAAAGUUCAAGCCACAGAACAAAUGGCUUACUGCCCCAUACGGUGUGAAAAGUUGUGCUAUUUGCCUGGAAACUCCAAGUGCAGCAGUGUAUACGAGAACUGUUUGGAACAAAGCAGAGCAAUAGGUAAUGCCCAAGAGAGAGGGGUGCAGGCCCAGAGAGACACCUCAUUAAUGAAGCAUACAUGUCGAGUGGAUCUCUUCGACGACCCCUGCUACAUUAAUACGCAGGCUCUUCAGAGUACACUUGGCUCUGCCCGAAAUCAAAGCUCAGCUCACUCACUGGGAAGCCCGUGGCACUGUGAAAAAGCACCAGAAACUGUUCAGCCAGGUGCCAUGACCCAGCCUGCCAGCUCACAUUCUUUGCCACACAUUAGGCAGCAGCUGCGGAGUGAAGACUGCUACCACGGCAAGCUGAGCAGGAAGGCGGCAGAGAGCCUCUUAGUCAAGGACGGGGACUUUUUGGUUCGAGAGAGUGCAACAUCUCCUGGCCAGUAUGUACUGAGUGGACUACAGGGAGGCCAGGCAAAACACCUUCUCCUGGUAGAUCCGGAAGGCAAGGUGAGGACCAAGGAUCAUGUAUUUGAUAAUGUCGGCCACCUUAUCAGAUACCACAUGGAUAAUAGUUUGCCAAUCAUCUCUUCUGGAAGUGAAGUAAGCCUUAAACAACCAGUGAGAAAAGAUAAUAAUCCAGGACUUUUGCAUUCAAGCAAAUGAUACCAUGGAAAUACCAUCACACUGAUACUUCAAGAAACUCCAUUUUGUGUUAGGACACAAAGAUAAUUCAAACUUGGUUUCUAGAUAAAAUAGGAUACAGACUGUGAAGUAAGUGCAUCUUUCUGAGAACAUCAUGGAUUAGGUCCUUUAUAUAAAACAAAGAACUAACAAAAAUUGAUCAUCAGAAAGUGAAAAUCAGAAAAGGAGAAGAAGAUUGGUCCCUUUGAAAAGAAAUUAUACAUAUGCACGGAUGUCACUUUUUAAGGCCAUAUUGCAUUGAUAACAAGCUAAAAGCACAAUUAAAAUUUCACAUGCUAAAGACAACUUGAAUGAACUGCUGGGGCAGUGGUAUGUGCCUUUCAACUUGAUAAUUUGGGGACAUUUUCAUAUUGGGGAGAUUAGUCCUAAGUGUCUUCAUAUUCUAUAACUAUAGAUCCAUUUGCCAAAUAAAAUAAAAUCAAAUUAAAAAGGUUUUUCCUUGUUACAAAAAUAAGAAGCAAUUUGCUUGAUGGAUAUUGACUUUAUUAUAUUUUCUGUUUAGUAGCACUUUCACUGCAAUGUUAAAAUAAAUCUGAUUUUGAAUUC